AAAUAGUAAUGAGUGAAUUUGGUAAAGAUAUGCGAAACAAUAAUAAGUUGGAAAAUAAGAAAAAUGGAAGAAAGAGAGAAAAAGGGUGGAAGUCGCCAUUUUUGGUUAAAGAAUGGUUUCAAGAUAUUCAUGACGCGGAAAAAGCGUUAUGCAAGGAUCUGGAACCAAAUUUUAAAUGGUGGAUGCUUAAAGUGUUAGCAGAAGAGGAACGACCUGAUUAUGAUCAAAUCCUUCAGGCUAUACGUUCUUCACCUACAUUUGCUGAACUUGAUGAGGAGGUGAAAUCAACUGAAGAAAGUAGAGCAAAGUCUUCGCCGUCAACUUAUAGUUCAAGGGCCGAAUCCACUUCUCCGACAGAAAAACCCAAGGCAACAGAUAAAACUGGAUAUACAACCCCUGUGAGAAGAUUGUUGCUUAAAACUCCCAAUUUGGACAAAUUGUUCGAGGAGCAAAAUUUGCCAAGCUUUGAUGAUGAUCUUCUAGUAAUACCACCUACACAACCUCCAACACCACCUGCAGAUAUUUUAGAAGACAGAAGGAGUGCUUUUCAAAAAAUGCUUUCAAUGACGAACAACGAGGUCGCGGCUAAUUGGAGAAAACCAGUACGAAAAACGAGUUACAGUGAAAUGACACUCGAAGAGCAAAGUGAAUUUGAGUCUGCCAAGAUCGCCAAAGAAUUCUGUAAAUGGCUAGAAAGCAUUGGCAUGGAAAAUUUAAGAAUAGACGAAAAGACCCUGAAAGAAUUGUUUGAUAUUAGUUUGAACUAUCCAGCCACGUUGUCAUUUUGUGCUGAGAUUAAAGAGUUGCCCACUGUACCGAAAACUAUUGCUGAAUUAUAUCACGUGAAACAUAAAGCCGAACGUAAAAUAACACGUCAACUUUUAAAAUGGGAUGCAGAAUAUGAGAAAAAAGAAGUCAAGUCUGUAGCCUUUGGGAAAUGUCUCCCAGUAACAGAAAAACAUAAGCCUUGGAAUAAGGAUACAUUUAAUCUAUGGUUCUGGCCAAAAUUUGUCACAAGGAAACUUAAAUCAGGCCAAGAUCUUUGGGAAAAGCUUCUUGGCUCAGAAGUUCUUGAUUAUUAUUGUAUUUGGCUUACUGAAAACCCUCAACAAAAGGUUCCUGAAUAUCUGAAGCAAAUUGGGUACAUAGAUAAAGUUAAAGCAAAGUAUGAAGCAAAUAGAGAAAAAUUUCACAUCACUAAAAAAAAGACAGAUGGUAAAGAAGAAUUUUGGCUAUUUAGCAAAAAUCAAUACGAUGUAAAUGAGGAAGAAUAUAUCAAAAAUAUUCCUGCUUUUGAAGAAAUACAAUCAUUAAUGAAGGAAAGGCGGCCAAAGAAUUAUUGCGAAGAGUGUGAAGAAGAUUUGAAGAUGAUCGCUUUGAAGAGAGAAAUGGAAUUGGCGGAACAAGAACAAACGGAAAGUCAAUCAAAAGAAGGGGAACCUACAAUUGACGCACAAAUAAACGGUUAUGAAAAAAUUGAAGAGACGGAAAUUAUAGAAAAGAAAGAAGUUGAAACAGUCGAAAAAUUAAAAGACACAGAGGAAAAUACAAAUAUUCCAAAUGAACAGGAUGAAAAUAUCAUUAAUGAAAUGGAAAGUACUGACAAUAUAAAUAACGACUGAACUUCUUUACAAGUAAGAAAUCCAUAGUUCAUUUAAAAAAUAUUGGUUAAAUGUCUGUAGUAAAAAUAAAAUUGCAAACUUAUAAAUUGUGGUUUGGUUGUUUUCAAUCAUCCUGACUAUUCUUGCUGUUUUGGCCUGUCAGAUGCAACUUCACCAUCUAAAUCAGUUGGUCUGUAUGCUAUUUUGUAAGUCAGAAUAAGAAUUAAACUUAUG